AUGGUUGCGACUUUUUCGCCGCACCGGGACUCCGGCGGCACACUUCAUCUAUCAUCGCACUCGGGAAUCCAUCACGUUGAUGCCAGCUCUGCGAUUCGCCAACUGAGACGCUCACUCUCGCGCUCACCUUCUAAAAGUUCGAACUUCUUUUUCAACCCACGUACUCAGUCUCCCUCCAAAUCCGCCUACAUCUCUUCUCCCUUGUCUCCGUCAAGGCGCGCCUCUCAGAACAAUUUUGUUCUCUUCCCAUCUCACCAGUCACCUCUCGCUGUCCCGUAUCCUCCUAGUGCCAAAAUUAGCAGGCCAGCCAUGCGUCGGCGCACGUCACCCCGCAGUCCUGCCAAACGCGUUCUGAGUGUUUCGGCCGACGCGGGCAACGCGACUCCAACUCAACCCAUCUCUUUAUCCGCAGGUGAGGAAAAUGAUUUGACUCUCGAUGAUCUCGUGCCGCCAGGUGAAAGUACCACGCCCGAUGGUCCCUGUUUUCUCAACAUCCCUUCUGCCCCUGUCGGGGAAUCGACCUUUGCCCCGCGAUCAACGAUGUCGCGUAUCGAAAAGCGACGGAGUGGCACCUUUGGCAGCCUGGUGACUGGUAGUCCCUUAAAGCGCAGCGAUGGGAUUAUGAACUUGGACCAAGCAUCGCGUGGCAGCCCUUCUGCAAAGCGACGCAGUGUGCACACGCCGCAUCUAUCGACCGAGUUCAGUAUUUUCGAUAACGAGGUUGAAGACACGACUCCAGAGGGUUCACCAUCGAGGAACGAAAUCCCCUCUUUCCCCACGCCGGUCCAACCCCACAGUCCAUUUGCGACGAUUCCCAAGCGCUCAUCUUCCUUGCGACGCUCCACCCUACAGCAGCGCGGCGAGCGACCUCUUUUCGGUCGACCUAGAGCAAUGGAUGAUUUACUUGACGCAUCGCCGCCUGGUACACCAUUGUCGGUGAGACCACGAAUGUCAUUUGAUAGCAGCCUAUUCCAGACAGGCAACGAAAAUAUUUUCUCUCCAAGGCCGCCCGCCAGCCCUCUAUUCUCCUCCAACUCUCUCUUCGAUCUUCCCGCCAAUCCUCCCGCCAAUUCCACUGUCAACACCACUCAACCUCCUCGACCCACUGCUCAUCCCCUUUCGCGCACCAUCACGCAAUCCUCGUCUGGGUCAAGUCUAGAUGACUCGCCCACCCAUGAACCGGUGCACAGGCCAGAAGGCCGACGACCAAUGUUCAACUUCUCCAAAUCUCUCCCCGCUGGGGCUACUCGUCCUGCUCCCGUGCGCCGGGUUACACGAGAAGACUCCUCGGAGACAUUUGCUACACCAGAUAACUUCAAGUUAGUGAAGCCUCUACCCGCGGCAUUCAUGUCCACCGGUUUGAUUUCCAAGAAGAAUCGCAAUGCGGAGGAGAAUCCCGGAUUCAACAAAAGCAUGCCCGAUACACCAUGCAAGCGACCUGUGAACAUUUUCACCACCGGGCCAAACCCCACAGACCGACUAUUUGACAAAUCGCGUUUAGCUCAGCACUCCGAUGCGGCUGCAGCUUCACCCUUUAAUCCACCUGCUACGAACUCACGUCCCAAGCCGAGCCCCUUCGCUCGGGGCAUGGGAAUCUUCGGUAGCAGCUUCAAUCGCCCCGAGGCUUCGCGUCGGGGAAGCUUCGCUAGCAUUGAUGGUGAUGAUCUCAUUCUCGCCCAAUCGCCCUCUUCCCGACAGGACAGCCAACCACUGAACGACGACUUUCCUCCCACCCCCACCAAACAACCCUUCCUCGCAUCUCGCACCUACCCUCCUGCCACUUCUCAAAUUCCAUCUCUGGAACGCCUAUCCGAGACAGCGAGUCCACUGCGGGACAAAUUCCUGCAGGCAUCACCUCAUACCCCGCGUGACCAGUACUUCCCCCCAGAUCCAAGCGGCCUAUCCAUCUCGGUGCCAAAUGACCACCAGUAUGUGCAGGAACAUGAGCUUCCGGCUACUCCCACAGGACCGCGAGACUCUUGGUCAUCAUUCAGGCGCCCCAGUCUCCAGAUAAGCGGCUAUCAUGUACCAGAUGUGGACCCUACUCUGACUGCCCGCUUCGACCACGUCGAGCUUAUCGGAACUGGCGAAUUCUCUCAAGUCUACCGUGUCGCGCAACCCCACGAUGCCUCUUUUCCAUCUGUCUUCUCUCUGCCAUCAAGUGAGCCAAAAUCACCGACUUCCAUGCCACACCAGGUAUGGGCUGUUAAGAAGAGCAAGCAGCCUUACUUGGGAUUGAAGGAUCGUGAGCGCCGGAUUCGUGAGGUGGAUGUUCUCAAAACUUUGACCAACUGUGACCAUGUGAUUUCAUUCAUGGAUAGUUGGGAGUGCAAUGGCCAUCUGUACAUCCAAACGGAGUUCUGUGAAGAGGGUAGCUUAGAUGGCUUUUUGGCCCAAGCAGGGCUCAAGGCUCGACUUGACGACUUCCGUAUCUGGAAAAUUCUGCUCGAGAUGUCUUUGGGGCUGAAGCAAAUCCACGACGAGGGAUUCAUCCAUCUUGAUCUGAAGCCGGCCAAUAUUUUGGUCACGUUUGAAGGUACCUUGAAAAUUGGUGACUUCGGCAUGGCAACACGCUGGCCUGCAGAGGAUGGUAUUGAGGGCGAAGGCGAUCGCGAAUACAUUGGACCAGAGAUUCUCAUGGGUCGAUUUGACAAGCCCGCGGAUAUCUUCUCGCUCGGUCUGAUCAUUUUCGAGAUCGCUGGAAACGUUGAACUUCCUGACAACGGAGUGUCCUGGCAGAAGCUCCGUAAUGGCGAUAUGAGUGAUGUGCCCAGCCUUACUUGGAGCUCGGAGACUAGCAUCUUCCGCGAUGCAUCAGGAAAUCCCAUCUCGGAAGGCUCAUCCUUCGAGGAGCUUUGUACCUCUGACCUGGGUGACAACGAAUUCGAUGAUGACUUCUUGACAAGUCGUCAGCUGAACGAUCCCAAACCACAGCUACUCGCACGAAGCGGGGAGCUGAUUGAUCCGCCCAGUUUCAUGGUCGACGCCAACCAUCCCCAGGCAUUGGACGGUAUUGUUCGAUGGAUGAUCUCCCCCGAACCUCAAAACCGUCCUACGGCCGAUCAAAUCCUGGAAACUUAUGGAGUGCAAUUUAUUAAUCAACGACGCCGCGCAGGCGCCACCGUCUUCGAGGGUAACUGGGGCCCCGCGGACGAGAUCUUGGCCGAAGAUGCCGAAAUGAUCGAUGUGUAA